GAACGUGUUGACGUUCUCUCAAACAGCAGUUCAAAUCAAAGACUUGAUAUUAAAUGUCAUUUGUAUGAGAGAAUUUUGACAUGAUGGCAAGGUGGCAGUUACUAUUAUUGCUCCUGUGUGUUAUACCUGGAGGGGAAAGCAUGAGAGCACCAUCCAAAAUAAAAGAACUUGGCGAAGCAGUUAAUGGAUUUGCAGUGGAUUUAUAUAAAGAAUUAACUGAUGAGUUUAAUAAUUCGGUGAGUGAAAACAUGAUCUUUAGUCCAAUGAGUAUUUCCACAGCACUGGCAAUGACGUAUCUCGGAACAGAUGGCGCUACUGCAAAAGAAAUGGCAGAUGUUUUGAAAUUCUCUGACCAAACAGAUAGAUGGCAUUCAUUGUUCAAAAACCUUUUGAAUAAGUUGAAUUCGGCGAGUGAUGACUUUGCAUUGAAAGCAGCUAAUCGAAUCUAUCCUGAUGAGAAGUUUCCCAUGCUUCCAAAGUACCUUAACAGAGUGAGGAAUUUCUAUAAAGCUCGGCCAACGGUACUUCCUUUACAAAAUGACCCAACACAUUCAGCUGAAAGAAUCAACAACUGGGUCUCAAAUAAGACUGAGGGGAAAAUUCCGCAACUUUUAUCACCAGAUGAUAUCACAUCCGACACGCUUCUGAUUCUCGUUAAUGCAAUAUACUUCAAAGGAGUCUGGUUAAGUCAAUUUGACCCAAUGGAAACCAAAAAUGAAACUUUCAAUCUGUGCAAUGGAGAAAAUAUAAUUGUAGAAAUGAUGUAUAACAAAUCCAACUAUCGAACUGCGUUUGACCCGUAUCUUCAAGCUGAUGUUUUAGAACUUCCAUAUGUGGGAGAGAAAAUUAACAUGGUUAUUCUGCUACCAAGAAGAAAUGUUUGUUUGGCAGAUCUUGAGGCAAAACUUACAGCGGAGUCGUUGAAAGCAGCACUAAACAGGCUGGUUGACACAUCAGUGGUGAAUGUUAAACUCCCAAAGUUUAAAACGAAACUGAAUUACAACCUCAAAGAGCACUUGGAGGAUAUGGGCAUGAGAUCAGCAUUUGGUAUGGAUGCCAACUUCAGAAACCUGUGUGGCAACACAUGUCAAGUGACAAUCACUCAUGUCAUACAUGAGGCCUUCAUAGAAGUCAAUGAGGAAGGCACUGAAGCAGCUGCAGCCUCAGCUGUUUUUGGUGGGAAGUCUACACCUAUUGAAAAACAUAUCACAAUGGACCAUCCUUUCAUAUAUCUCAUACGGGACAUGACUAGUGGAGCAAUUCUCUUUAUGGGACGUAUGGCAAAGCCAAAUGAAAUUCUUGUUCCUACAACACCCCCAUCAACAACCACUGCAACCCCUACCAUAAGUCCAACAUCCACACAAAAGUCUGAAUGUGAAGGUCAAGAGACAGAGAUAGUGGAUUGCAGAUACAUGCACUGUGAAAAUGGAAAAUUGAGAGUUGGGGAAUAUGCUCUUACCAAAGAAUGUUGUAGUAAAGCGUGGCUGCAAAAAUGCUCUUCAAUCGUGGACGAACCAACGACACCAACAAUCACUGAGCUAACUCAACCAUCACCAGGAUGUGAGGAGAAUCUCAUGAAGAUAGAGGACUGCCGAUAUACAUACUGCCAUAAAGGGGAAUGGAUACAAGGUGAAACUGCUCUAACAGAAGAAUGUUGUAUGAAAGCGUGGCUGCCAAAGUGUUCUUCCAUCAUGAAUCAAACUACUUCCUCUGGUUUGCCAACUCCUGAAGCCGAUGACCUUUCAACAACAACAACAACAACAUUGCCUACUGACGAAACAACAAAGAUUCAAGGUUGUUAUGUUCUCAGACUCAUUAACGGUGUAUGGAUAACAUCUACCACUGAAUAUGUGAUAUCUGAGGAAUGCUGUCAGAAAAGGUGGAUGGAAGCCUGUAAUGCAAUAAUGACCCGACCACUAACCACUGAACAACCCACAACACAACCUAUUAUCUCAAAAAAGAAAUGUGUUUCUAAAGCACGCUGUAAAAAUGUAAAGUUGUGUUGCAAUUGUGAAUAUAAGAUGGUGCAUCCACUGAACAAGAAAAAGAAGUUGUUUCCUAAAAAGUUCUUUCAAAAGUACAAUACAGCCAAAUACACCAAAGAGUGUAUAGAGGAUCUUUCCUGUCUGGAAACAUGCAAGAGAAAAAAACUAGGAUGAGGACACCAUAUUCUAUAUACAUGUAAAAUGAUUACAUUUGAAAUAGAAAAAA